AAUAAUGAGUGGUAGGUCUGUGCAUUCUAUUUUGAUUGGGCUUGUGUGCCUGACCAUUGCCUCUGCUGUUUGUUUCUCUAGUGUUGGAAGCUCCGAUAAUAUCAUCAUGUUCUCCGAGGGUGAAAGGCAUGCUCUUUUGCAGAUCAAACAAGGCCUUGUGGACGAGUCCGAUUCUCUUGCUUCUUGGAAAGGGGAGAAAGAUUGCUGCGACUGGAGAGGAAUAGGAUGCAACACCCAAACAGGUCAUGUCACCAGUCUUAAUAUCUCCUAUAGUAUUGAAUCAUACUACUUUUUUUCCCCUUCUGAAGUCCCUUUAAGAGGUAAAAUUAGUCCUUCACUACUCGACUUGCCUUACCUAAAUUACUUGGACUUCAGUUUUGUUGAUUUUCAAGGAAUUUUGAUUCCCAAAUUCAUUGGCUCUUUGAGUCGGUUGAAAAAAUUAAGACUCAGAGAAUGUAAUUUUAGUGGGCCUCUUCCUCCCCAGCUUGGAAACCUCACUAAUUUGCACACUCUUGAUCUUUCCCGGAAUGAUUUUGAAGGAAAUAAGAUUCCCAAGUUCAUUGGUUCUUUAAGUCAACUAGAGGAACUAGUACUCGAGCAAGCUUAUUUUGGAGGACAUAUUCCUCCUCAACUUAGAAACCUCUCAAAUUUGCACAUUCUAGAUCUAUCCGGGAACAGAAAUGUUAGUUUAGAAAAUCUCGAGUGGUUAACUCAUCUUUCUUCCCUGAGAUACCUGCGCAUGUGGAGACUAGAUUUUUCAAAGUUUUUGAAUUGGCCACAAUCUUUAAGCAAACUAACUUCUCUAAGAGAGCUUCAGUUAUCUAUGUGCAACCUUCCCGAUGUGAAUCCAAGAUCACUUUCCUUGAUCAAUUCUUCCAAUUCUCUUCAAUUCCUCCACCUCUCUUAUAAUGGUCUUAAUUCUUCAAUAUUCUAUUGGAUAGCCAAUGCCAGCACUAGCUUUGUCCAAAUUGAUCUCUAUGGUAACCAACUUGACGGUCCCAUUCCAGAUUUCUUGACAAGCAAGCUUUCUCUAGUAAAACUAGAUCUGUCCUGGAAUAACCUUCAAGGUGGGAUACCAAAAGGCUUUCAUAAGUUAUGCAGCUUAGAGUCGUUGGACUUAUCAUCAAACAAGUUGUCUGGAAACAUUGAGGACUCUAUACAUGCCUUAUAUUGUUCUAGGAACACACUGGAGACCUUGGACUUGAUGCAUAACCAAUUUUGGGGUUCAAUUCCAGAACUGACAAGAUUUUCAAAGUUGAGAUCUUUGGAUUUCUCUUCCAAUAAUCUAACUGGGUCUCUACCCGAGAGUAUCGGGCAACUCUCUAGCCUCGAAGAACUGUAUCUCGGCGGGAAUUCUAUGAGUGGUGUCAUAACAGAAUCCCACUUUCGGAACCUCUCUCGUCUACAGUCUUUAGUUCUUCCUGGUAAUUGUUUCUCUUGCAAUUUCAGCUCCGAUUGGAAUCCACCAUUUCAACUUACUGAUCAGUUAGACAUGUCUUCUUACCAUCUCGGCCCAGCUCUUCCUAAGUGGAUUCAAACGCAGAGAAAUCUGACUCGUCUUUUUCUUUCUAAUACUGGACUAUCAGGAUCAUUACCCGACAAGUUUUGGGAUCUAUUUCCCCGCUUAAUACGACUGGAUCUCUCUAUGAACCAAAUCCAUGGGAAUCUACCGAAUCUAUCAACGACAACAGUGCGGCGUCUGAACUUGUCUUCUAAUCUCUUUUCUGGUGAAGUGCCAUCAUUUCCUUCGAAGCUCAGGGAGUUGGAUCUGUGGAAUAACAUGUUUUCUGGGACGUUAUCUUCCUUAUGCGCAAUUCCAAGCUCGGGUAUCCGUCAAACUUAUUCCGAAUAUUUGAGUUUUCUUGACCUUUCUGAGAAUCAAUUGUCAGGGGAGCUUCCUUACUGUUGGAUGCAAUUUCAAAAUUUGAAUUCAUUGAAUAUGGGAAAGAAUAAAUUUUCAGGGGAAAUACCAAGCUGGUUAGGAAAUUUAAAGAUGAAUAGGAUAUUGCGUUUACAUGAAAACAACUUUUCAGGAGAAUUGCCUUCUUUAGAGAACUGUACUGGAUUACAGUUGGUUGACCUAGGCAACAAUAAUCUGUCGGGAAAGAUACCGACAUGGAUUGGCGAAAGCCUACCACGCUUGGUGAUUCUACGCUUACGCUCCAACAAGUUCAAUGGAUUCAUACCUUUGUCCCUGUGCAAUCUAGCCACCAUUCAUGUUUUGGACUUGUCUCACAACAAUAUUUCAGGAGCGUUACCACAUUGCUUCAGUAACGUAACAGCUUUGGCUGAUGAUACUGGAGGUAUCGCACCUUAUUUAUUCAGUGAUUCUCUUAAUGUAGAACUUAUAUGGAAAGGAAUAGAAAUUGAGUUUUGGAAAAAUCUUGCCGGUAUGAGAAGCAUUGACAUGUCUAGCAAUUAUUUGGGUGGUGAAAUUCCGGAGGGUAUAGCGAGUAUGACCGAGUUGAAAUCCCUCAACUUGUCAAGAAACCAUUUGACGGGAAAGCUUCCUGAAGACUUUGGUAACAUGAAGAUGUUAGAAUCUCUUGAUUUGUCAAGAAAUCAUUUAUCUGGUGACAUUCCUGCAAGUUUUUCGAGAUUACACUUUCUCGGAGUGCUAGACAUAUCACAUAACGACUUGUCAGGAAGAAUUCCUCUAGGCACUCAACUUCAGAGUUUCAGUGCUGCUGCUUAUAUGGGAAAUCCUGGACUUUGUGGGGUACCGCUGACACAACUUUGCUCAGGAGACGGAACAACUGAUAAUGAUGGAAUCAUGCCAGACAAUGCAACAAUUAACAAGGAAGACGGUGAUGGUGGUCUACUGAACCUGGGAUUUCUUAUCAGUGCAGUGUUGGGAUUUAUCUCUGGAUUUUGGAUGGUAUGUGGUAGCUUGCUGCUUAAAAGCUCUUGGAGAUACGCCUAUUUCAAAUUCUUGGAUGAUUCAAGUGAUUGGAUAAAUGCCAAAAUGGCUGUGUGCAUACCAGGCAAAACUGCACAGGAGACUUCAAAGAUAGAUGGAAUUUCUAGCACUGAGGGAAUGAGCCUAAUAACCCCAGAAGUAAAGGAAUUCAAGGCUUGAUGUGGAAUGCUUUCGUAUAGCUUCUUUUCAGCAAGAAAUAAGUCUUACGCUUAAUUAUUUUGAUAACUAUGUAAAAUUGAUAUAUUUUGGGCUUUGUAUAUAUAAGCUCUUUUGAUUUUGUGCUUCUUUAGACCAUUGUACCAAGUUAUUGUUUGUUGACCUCUGUAACAAUAAGCUCUCUGGCAAGAUACCAACAUGAUUUGGACAAACUCUAUCAAACUUGGUAAUUCUAAGCUCUCCAGUGGUUAUACUGUUAUAGAACUCGUGUGUAAAGGAAACCGUUGUCACCGAAUUGCCCUGGAGAUCAAACAACUGAAGAUGGUCGUAACAAGGAACACUUGAUGGUGAUGGUUACACAAGCUGGGGAUUCAUUAUAAGCUCAGAAUUGAGAUUCAUUACUGGGACGUUUUGGAUAGUCUGUGACAAUUUAUUG